AUGUCAUCUACCACCGCGGAACCGGAUCCGGCCAUGAAAAGCCGCGCCGCCCUCGUUGACUUCUUUUCCCGGAGCUUGACGGCGUUUCAAUCUUCCAGGGAUGCGUUUCGCGUCGUUUGUACCUUGCCUCCCCGAGGAGGGGGGAGUAGUGGUGACACGGCCACGAUACCGGCACCGGCGCCGCGGAGGCUAGGGGAUGAGAGUGGGAGUGGGGAGAAGAGGUCGGUGAAGAGUCUUGUUGUGUUGGAUUCUUCGUUUAAUCCGCCUACGAUGGCGCACUUGCGGAUGGCGGCGUCUGCGAUUCGGGAUUUGCAGAGGAGGAAGACGACGACGACGACGGGUGGAAGUAGCGGACCUGUGAGGUUACUGCUUCUCCUGGCUGUGAACAACGCGGAUAAGAAGCCUAAGCCUGCGGCGUUUGAGGUGCGGUUGGGGAUGAUGUAUGCGUUUGCUACGGAUUUGAGGGAUGAAUUGAAGAGGAAGGGCGUGGAGGAGGCGCUAGGGGAAUCGAUGAAGGGGGCAGAGACGGUACAGAAGGAAGAGGAGGAGAAGGAGGAAGUCGAAGUCGAUUUGGGGUUGACGACGAUGCCGUACUUUCACGAUAAGAGCCAGGCUAUUUCGGACACGGGGUUUUAUGCCCAAGGGAGCGAAGGAGAGCCGGAGCAAGUGUAUUUGGCGGGAUAUGAUACGCUCAUCAGGAUCUUCAACCCAAAGUACUACAGUGGUACGUCUUCAGCGGAAGAGGCGACAGCAGAAGCCGUGGCGCCGAUUCGUAGCGCGCUGGACCCGUUUCUGAAUAGGUCCAAGUUGCGGAUCACGAUGAGGACGGAUGAUGGAUGGGGUGGUGAGGGGGAGCAGGUUGCGUAUCUCGAGAGUUUGAGGGACGGAGGGCUGGAGGAGGUUGGUGGGCGAGGGCAGUGGGCGGAGAGGGUUGAGAUGGUUCGGGGGAGGGACGCGGGCGAGGAGGUUGUUAGUAGUACAAAGGUCCGGGAGGCUGCUUCUGCUGGGGAUGACGAGGGUUUGGGGAAGCUGGUUAGUAGGAGGGUGAAGGAGUGGGUGCUUGGGGAGGGGUUGUAUCGUGAGUGA